AUGACUCUCGAGUAUGCCAGCCCAACCAAGGGCCCCAAGAUCCUCGGGGUGUUUUGGGCCUUUUUCUCCGUGAGUGCUGUCACGGUGUCCGCUCGCCUCUAUAUCCGAUCUCGGAUAUUGAAAAACGUCGGCUUGGACGACUAUAUCAUCGCACUCGCGACACUCAUCCUCGCGGGGUACACAACCCUUACCACUGUCGUCGUGGCCCGGGGCUACGGCAAGCACACGGCCGCCAUCGUCGAGCAAGGAGGCAUGGAUCGACUGGAACAAGUGCUGCUGCUCAAUUACAUCAACUUCGCGCUGGGAAUCAUGUCAUUUUCCAUUCCCAAACUGGCCAUUGCUGCACUGUUGAACCGAAUCCUGAACCCCGGGCGCUUCCACCAGGUCUUCCUGUGGGCGUUGACAGGGACGGUGUUCGUGACAUCGAGUAUCUGCAUCAUUGUGCUGUUCACCAUGUGCGACCCGCCGCAGGCUUUAUGGAAGACACAGCUUUUAAGGCACGGUGCAACGUGCCGGCCGCAAGUCGUGCUGGUGGACUAUGCGAUAUUCACUGGAGUUGUCUCAGCCUGUGUCGACCUCUAUCUAGCGGUAUAUCCCACGGUCGUUCUCUCGUCGCUGCAAAUGACGCUCAAAAAGAAGAUCGCCCUAUGUGCAGCGCUGGGAUUCGGCGCCAUUGCGUGCGCAAUGGCCAUCGUCAAGUGUAACCAGCUCCCUGGGCUUUAUGACACGACGGACUCGACCUAUGCAACCGCCGACCUCGUCAUCUGGACCAGCAUCGAAUCGAACGUGAUUAUCAUGGCCUCGUGCAUCCCGACCCUCGGCCCACUCUACGAGAUGGUCCGCGGCCGGCGCUCGUGGAGUUCCUACCAGCGGUACUACAAGGGCCACGCGAUCGAGCUCGCCACUUCGCGCAACCGCCCGUUCAGAAAGCCGAUGAACUACAUGCUCGCGCACGAUGAGCUGCUGACGACCAACAUCGGGACUUUGAACAAUGGCAGCCAGGACAACAUUCUACCGACGGGACAGGUACAAAACAGAGAUUGCGCAAUGGGUCAGAUUCACCGGACGGAUAAAGUGGUGGUCGAGUGUGAAAAGGCGUGUCCAAAGACACAGAAACAGAAGCCAGCAGUAUAG